UGUAGUAGCAGUCAAACUUUGGAAACCGAUAGAGAGAAGAACAGCAGACUAACACGGAACUAGCAGACAGCGGCUUUUGAAACCUAUUUGACUUUCUGGAUAUAUUAGCGCUGGAUAGCUCUUGCUUUUCGACUUUGGACAGGAUGAUGUUCACCAGCCUUAACGCCGACUGUGAUGCGUCUUCCCGGUGCAGCACGGCGUCGCCGAGCGGCGAGAGCGUCGCGUACUACCCGCUCAACCAGACUCAGGAGUUCACAGACCUGAGUGUCUCAAGUGCCUCUUUCGUGCCAACCGUGACCGCGAUCUCUUCAUGCCCGGACCUGCAGUGGAUGGUCCAGUCCAUGGUUUCAUCUGUUGCGCCCUCCAACGGCGCAACUCGAUCUUACAACCCAGACCCUUACCCCAAAAUGAGGGUCACUGCAACUAAAUCCCCUAAUUCCAACAAGAGACUCAGAGUUGAACAGAUUUCUCCAGAGGAGGAAGAGAAGAAAAGAGUCCGUCGUGAGCGAAAUAAGAUGGCUGCCGCAAAAUGCCGCAACCGAAGACGAGAGCUCACCGAUACGCUGCAAGCUGAAACUGACCAACUUGAGGAUGAGAAAUCCGCCCUUCAAAAUGACAUUACCAACCUGCUCAAAGAAAAAGAGAGGUUAGAGUUCAUCCUCGCCGCACACAAGCCCAUCUGCAAGAUCCCCGGCGAGUUGUCCGCCAGCUCCGUCUCCCCCAUCCCCUCCGAUUCGGUCCCUGAGAUCCACAGCAUCACUACCUCAGUGGUCUCCACACCAAGCACAACAGUUAUGACUUCUUCCAGCAGCUCGCUCUUCUCCAGCACGGCCUCCAUUGACAGCUUCGGCUCCACGGUGAAGAUCUCAGACCUGGAGCCCACCCUGGAGGAGUCUCUGGAGCUCUUGGCCAAAGCUGAGCUGGAAACGGCUCGCUCAGUCCCCGAUGUGGACCUCUCUAGCUCUCUGUAUGCUCAAGACUGGGAGCCGCUCUACACAGCUGCUAACAAUGACCUGGAGCCCCUUUGCACGCCCGUUGUCACCUGCACCCCGGCCUGCACCACCUAUACGUCUUCCUUUAUGUUCACCUACCCAGAAAACGACGGCUGUGGGCCUGUGCAGCGGAGGGGCAGCAGCAGCAAUGACCAAUCAUCCGACUCCUUGAAUUCCCCAACCCUCCUCACUCUUUGAGAAUUCACUAUAGACACUUGGAAUUUCAUUUCGGACUCACAACUUGAUAUAAAAUGGUAUUGCAGGGCUAUGGAAUUGACUAUAUCAAGCAAUCGUUAUUGCUUCCUGUAUUUAUCUGAAAAAUACAUGCCUGCCAAAUGUAGCAAGAUAAGCAUGGAUUAACUGAUUUUGCAUUAAU